AUGAUCGCGGGCGGUACACCCAGUACCGCCCUGCGCCGACCUUCACUAUCAUCCUAUCCUCCCCCCACCUCGAAAAGGGCUCGACCCUCUGCCUCUUCCUACCACGCUCUUGGAUCGAAGGGACUCUCACAGACCGACGGGGAGACAAAAGGGCGCGACUUCCAGGACUCCCUUCUUCAAACCCCUCUGUCGCUGCUGCCUUUGCUCAACUGCAACUCGCGCGCCACUCUUCCCACCCUCGACUGA